AUGACCAAUGUGAAAAUACCUAUCGUGAAAGUGUCUCUGAAUAAACUUACUAUUAGAGAUGUAAGAGCUGAAGCUUAUGCUUUAGCCCUAUCAGCAAAAAAUGCUAAUACUGAUAUUACAGAAGAAGCUAACAAAAUCCAGAUGAACAAUCGGAAAAAGGCUAAAACUAAAUAUAUUAAUUAUCCAGAUAAAUUUACAUUAGAAUCGGUUAAGGAAAGAUUAGAUGCGUAUGAUAUUAAAACUUUACCUGAUUAUCAGGCUCUUGCAGAUGUCAUAGUGAUGCUUUGUAUCCGUCCUGCUGAACUUAGAACUUUACGUAUUACAGAUGCUGGAGUAACAGGAUAUGCGAAGAAUCAGGGUCAACCAGAUAUACCUACUUUGCAGAAUUUUUAA